UUUUGGGGGACGAGGGGGGAUUUUGAGGGGGGAGACGGCGGAGGCAAGUCAGCUGGUGAAUUUUCGGUGGCGCGAAACACUGCCACGCGGGGAAACUUACCGGCGAUUGAAACAAUAUAUAGAUCGUAAUCGAUGAUAGAUAAUUCAUCGUUGAAGAGACGUAUUAAACGUGCAAAUAAUACGUUUAAUAAAACAAGGUGGCUCCGACGCGUGUAAAUAAGUCAAAAAGAUGUCGAGCACCGCGGAGAGUCCCGACGGUGGUAUGGCACUGCAGUCACACUAUUCACUGCGAUGGAACAAUCAUCAGACACACAUACUGCAGGCAUUUGAAGCACUACUACAUGCUGAAAUACUCGUCGAUGUCACUCUCGUGUGCUCGGACAGUAGUAUCAGGGCGCACAAGGUCGUCCUCAGUGCCUGCAGUCCUUUCUUCGAGAGGAUAUUCGCUGAGCACCCAUGCAAACACCCGGUGAUAGUCCUGAAAGACUUCCCAGGUCGUGAGGUUGCCGCCCUGAUAGACUUCAUGUAUCGGGGUGAAGUGCGUGUCGGCCGCGAAGAGCUUCCGGGUCUGAUGCGUGCAGCAGAGAGUCUCCAGGUGCGUGGUCUAGCCUCGUCCGAGCCUCGGCCAGCAUCGCCUCCCGACACCCCAGUGGAGACACCCACCGACCUCCUGGGCGACCGCCUCAGCCCAGAAGGUGAUCACGACGCGGACACCGAUUCGAUUCAACGCGAGUCGCGAACGAUAUUCACCCGUGACCGCGAUCGGGAUCGCGACCGCCUCCCCCACAUGGGUCACCUGAACUUCUCCCUCCGCGAGUUACGCGAGUCCUGCAACUCGCCGCUCCUACCACGGCGGAAGCAGGCACGACCAAGAAGAAGAUCGGGGGAGUUGAUCCCCCAGGAUCUGUCGCGACCGCAUCCACCCGCGAGCCUGAGUCCGCCGUGUGGUCUCAACCUGACUGGAGCCCUGCCAAGUAACCCGAGUCAGCCAACAGGCAGCCAAACCCCAGGUCAGUCACAGAUUCCGCCACCCCAGGCGCCGCGUACCCCAUCCCAAACGAAUCCACCGUCAACGCCGACGAAUCGCGAGGAGACCGCGGAGAAUCUCUCGAUGAAGCGUUCCCUCUCCCCAGGGCUUCCCUCCGAACAGGGCAUCAAGACUGAGAGCGAGGCAGCUAGCAGUCCGCGUGGCUCACCAAUGACCGGUACAAGCCUCCAUCCGGACGGCUCCUUGCAGGAUCUUCCUACCCCAGGUUUACCCUCAAUGUCACUGUCCCUAACCCCACCACAUCAUCCAAGCGAGUACCUGACGUCACUAGGCCAGUUUGCCGCCCAAUGGCUGCCAAAUCAUCAGAGCCAAAUGGCACACAGGGACGGCAGUCCCCAGGGGCACAAUCGUAAUCCGCAUUAUCAUCAGGAGCAGAUGACACCAACAAGAAGAUCUGUCGCGGUAUUCCCCAUGGAUGGUGUGUCACCGUUGACCAGUGGCGGACUGUUUCCACAUGGUGGUGGAUUGGAGAGAGGUACAUUACUCACGGAUUUGCAUGAUAGCUUCAAGCCGGAGGCCUUUCAGGGACUGUUCGGUGGUAAUCUGGGUCAUCACAUCACCAAGAAACCAAAGAAGCACAGGGGGGAUGGGGACUCGACUAGGAGGUGGUCGGAGCACGGCAGGGGAAUGCCCAUUGGCAGGCCCAAGGGACAGCACAGCGCACCGCGGGGUGGACCGCCAAGGUCGUGGACCAAUGCUGAACUCACGGAAGCGUUGCAGCAUGUUUGGAACAAGAAGAUGACGACUUCACAGGCCAGCCGGCUCUUCGGCAUCCCUUACAACAGCCUGCUCAUGUACGUCAGGGGAAAGUACGGAAAGAGUCUCAAGCUCGAGCAACUCAGGAGGGACUGCACUGGCGCCACCACCGGCGAAGUCAUGAACUCGUUGAACAACAAUGUCAAGGCCAUUCAGCCACCCUCCCAGAUGGGACAUCCUCUUGGGAUGCCUCAUCCUGGCGACGAGUCUUACAGCCAUCAUCCUCUUCUUGGCGGCAAUUUGCCCCAGGGAUUCUUUCCGGAUUUUGGGGCUGCCUUUCCUGUUCCUGUUAGCAUGGUUCAUCUACUACCGCCUAGUGAACAAAAGGCAUUCGAGGGGGUGGGCGGCAGUGGGGGCGGGGGUAACAGUGAUCUUGGACAACAGAGUCGGUCACCAUCGCCCAGUCAACAUGACAGUAUUCAACCACCACAAUCAGCUCCGGCGUUACUGCAGCAGAAUGGAUCGGAAUGAGACAGGCUGAGGGCACUGAGGGAUUAUCUUUAUUUGUAAUUGUACCGACGUCCAGCGUUUUCGUAUUCGAAAGGGGGGAGAGGGCUGAAUGUUUUUUUUUUGAUCUAAGACUGACUUUCUCGAGACUUUUGCUUACUUGGUCGAAAAAAUGAUGUGGCGGGUUUUUCGUCGUUGGAGAUUUUUAGGUUGGCCGAGUGGGGAGGGCGGCGUGGGAAUUGUAACAGAUAGGUAGGGGAAUCCCGAUGUCAAACACUCGUCAUGAACCCGUUUUGUCCCGGUAAUUUUGAAAAUAUUGCGAAAAGAAAGUUUUUCGGGAGGAUUUUUGAAAUUGGUGGCUUGAGAAAAGUUGAGGGGCAAAACGAACUUGUGACCGGAGUUCGGGAUCGGAAAUUUUGCGGUCUAUCGAUUCAGUCGGGUCUGACGUUCGAGUUACAUCUACGGGUUUCUUAACAGUGCGCUGAACACCGCAGGAUACUUUUGCCUGAUAGGUUGGAAAAAUGAUUUCGCGGCAUUUGACUCUUUGUUGAUUCUUAGGUUAUGAGAGGGCGGAAGGGCGAUAUGGGGGCUGUCAUAGAUAGUUGGGGAAAUCCCCGAACUCACGCACUGGUCAUAAACCCGUUGUGCCCCGGUAGUUUUGAAAAUAUGACGAAAGUUGGGUUUUUUUGGAAGGUUUUUUCGAAUUUGGUGGUUUGAGGGGAGUUGAGGGGCAAAAUGGACUUGUGACCAGGGUUCGGGAUCAGAAAUUUUCCGUACUAUCGAUUAAGUCGGGUCUGACGUUCGAGUUACAUCUACGGAAUUCUUAACAGUGCGCCGAACACCGCAGGAUACUUUUACCUAACAGUUUGGAAAAAUUAUUUCGCGGCAUUUGUUUCAUCGUUGAUUCUUAGGUUAUGAGACGGGGGAGGCAAGUCGUGAGGGCUAUCAUAGAUAGUUGGGGAAAUCCCCGAACUCACACAUUGGUCAUAAACCUGUUUUGCCCCGGUAGUUUUGAAAAUAUCGCGGAAAUUGGAUUUUUCGGGAGGAUUUUUGAAUUUGGUGGUUUGAGGAAAAUGGAGGGGCAAAACGGACUUAUGACUAGAACUCGGGAUCGGCAAUUUUCCCGACUAUCGAUUGAGUCGGGUCUGACAUUCGAGUUACAUCUACGGGAUUCUCAACAGCGUACUGAACACCGCAAGAUACUUUUUCCACUUUCAUGGAGUGUAAUAACGAUAUAUCAAUGCUAUUAUUAUCGGAACGUUUUGUUUGACUUUUUUUUUAUAAUAUACGAUACCAAACAUACCAAAUAACAAAGCCAGUUUCUCCCGUUCUAACAUCAAAGAUGGAGUUUAUUUUUUCUCAUUCGUUUAUUUGAAAACUUUUUUUUCUUCAUUUCUGUUACUAUGAACAGGAGAAAUAAUGUAUCCUUCACGUCCUUACGGUGGAUCGGCGCACAAGAAAGGAAACCCGGAAGGAAAACAAGAUGACUCUCUCCUUUUAAGAGAUUUUUUUCCCCGUUUUUUCGCCUUCUUUAACGUUUUUUUUCGCCUUUACGGGAGAUGCAAACGGUUAAAUUGAAAGGGAACUUCUUGAAAGGGGUUAGGGUGGGGGGGUUGGGCUCGCACAAUGCCUAAGAAUUUCGUUGAAUGAAAAAAUGUAAGAAAAAACGCACCCCUAUGACAUGAUUUUCACUCACUUCUCAUUCAUUUUUUCGACGGCAAAAGUUGAAAUGAGAAAAAAUAUGAAGAAAAAAAAACAUUUAAAUUAUAACGAUUUUCCCGCGAAAAAUUAGCACAAUGAGGGUCAAGUGCAAUACUCGCUGCAAUGUAAAAAAGUAUUUAAUUUUUUUUCUUUUUUAAUUCUGUAAAUAAUUUUUGCAUAAUUUUACUGGACUUUUUUUGUGUAAAAAAAACAUAAUUCGUGCAUUUUUUUUAAUAAAAAAGAAAUUAUUUGGAGGGGAAUUUUUCCAAAGAGAUACAUGACGUUUUAAUUAUUAUUUUUCUCUCGACGGAUAAUAAAUGAGUAAAAAUAAAUAUACCAAAUAAUGAUGAUUAAAAUCGAAAAAAAUGCGAAAUCGCUUUAAUGAUUAAUUAAAAUGUGAAAAUGAGGUUAAUUAAUGGACAAUUUAAUAACGAAAUCGUAGACCACAGUUUGGCGACUAAAUAAUUUUAAAAGUAAUGAAAAAAAAUUAUUAAUGGUAAAAAUGAUGAUAAAUAAUACCAAUUUUCGACAACCAGACGGAAGCGCAGGGUAAAUAACACAUCAGGGAUAGCCACAGACAAAUCUACGAUAGCUAAAAAUUGAGAAUGUGAAAGAGAAAAAAAAAUUGCAUAUUGAAAGAGGAAAUAAAACUUAUUAAACAGAGAAACGUAAUUCAUAAAUUAUUGAACAGAAUAAACACUACGAUUUUUUUUCUUUUCGUUCGUGAGGGUUGGUACUGGAGGGUGGGGAGAUGUGGGGGCUUGUGAAA